UUACCUUACUAUCACUAUUUGAAAUAUAUCUUAAACCAACGCGUGCUUAGUGUUAUUGUUUAUUUGCCCAUGUUGCUUUUUUAUUUAAAAAUAUAGUUAGUAUAGAUAGCAGGCUGUAAUAUCUGUAUCUUAUUAUAAUUUUUACUUUUUAGUUUUUUCCAUUAGUACCUACUUAAAAAGUUGUAAUUUAUAAUUAACUUCUUUUAAAAUGAAUUUAACCACUAAAUUUUCACCAAAAAAAUUGGGUACACACAGUGGUAUUUUCCACUGCGAUGAAGCUUUCGGUUCAUAUAUGCUACAAUUAUUAUUUCCUGAGUUGGAAGUAAUUCGCACGAGAGAUGAAAAAUUGUUAGCCGAGUGUGAUAUUGUAAUUGACGUCGGUGGUGAAUACGAUCAUAGCAAACGCCGUUAUGAUCAUCAUCAAAGAAGUUUUAAUCAUUCAAUGAGCACACUAGUUCCCAAUGCAAAAUGGACAACAAAGUUGAGUAGUGCAGGCUUGGUGUACUUGCAUUAUGGCCACGAUGUUUUGAAAAAAGUUAUCGCAUCUGAUGUAUCAGAUGAUACAUUAAAUACUAUUUAUUCUAAAGUAUAUGAAUCCUUUGUACAAGAAGUAGAUGCUAUUGAUAAUGGUAUUCCAAUAUGUGAAGGUAUGCCAAAAUAUAAUAUACAUACAAAUUUAAGUAGUCGAGUCGGUAACUUUAACAAAAAAUGGAACCAUGUUGGAGAAUUUGACGACAUGAAAGCAUUCAAGCAGGCAAUUCAAUUGAUUAAAUGUGAAUUUGAAGAAACUGUACAGUAUGCAUUUAAAACAUGGUUACCUGCUAGGUCAUUGGUAAUUGAUGCACUUGAGAAACGAUAUGAAACACAUAAAUCUGGUCGUGUCAUAGAGUUUACUACAUCAUGCCCUUGGAAAGAACAUUAUUUUGUGUUAGAAGAAGAACUUGGUGAAGACCUUUCACCAAAAAUUGAUUUUGUUAUUUAUGAAGACGGCUCAAAUUCGAACUGGAGAAUACAAUGUAUACCAAUUACUCCCCAUUCGUUUACACUUCGAAAGCCAUUACCAAAAAGUUGGUGGGGUAUUCGAAAUGAUGAAUUAAGUAAAGUUUCUGGAAUAGAAAAUUGUAUUUUUUGUCAUGCCAAUGGAUUCAUUGGUGGAAACAAGACUAAAACAGGAAUACUAGAAAUGUGUGAAAAAGCUAUUGAAUGAUUUUUUAAUAAUAAACAAUAAUUAAUGUAUUUA